UGCGACCGAGAUAUUCGCUAUUAUCAUUAUCACUGUCUGGGUGUCUAUCAAUGUCAGUGUCAGUGUCAGGAUUCGCAUUGGGAUUAUUAGUAUUAGCAUCAGUUUUAAUUAUUUCUUUUUACCAUUUUCUUUGGGACUUUUCUUACCCAACCUUCACUCAUAACACACUCACAAUAUACUCUUUCAUUUUCACCCUUCACUCUUUUUACAGGACCCUCUCUCCGCACUUGUGACUCUUAACUUAUGGCUCGGGUUCUGGUUUGAAUUCUAAUUCUAGUUCAACUUUAACUUUGAUUUUAAUACUAGGUAGGUAACUUGCCCUCCUAGAGACUUGGGACUUUUACUUUUCCAACCCUUUCUUUCCCUCCCCUUUCUUUCCCUCCCUCCCUUACAAUUCUGAGUUAUUUUGAAGCCUGAAUUGUGACAGGUGAAAAAUAAAGACGGAAAAAAAUAAAACAGAGUAACCCAUUUCUUUCUAGGGUGGCACACACUUGGAAACUCUUUUGCACUUACCAUUUAUUAGUGACUACUCUGUACAUGCAUUACCUACCACCAUCCACCAUCCACCAUCCACCAUCCACCACCAUCCAUCUAUCCUAUCACACUUCAUUCAGCUUUCCCAUUCAUCUUGAAAAACAAAAAAAAACAAAAAAGAGCUAAAACCGCUAUUAUUUCGUUCCGUAAAAGGCUGGCCUGCUGGGGUCACACUCAUUUCUUCCCCCCCCUUCACUUUCUCGCAAACCGAAUCAUAAUCCCAGUCGUUCUUGUCAUUCGAUUCCUUCCAAUUACUUCCCCAAGAAAAAGACGAAUCCCUUUUCCCCCCAACACCCUAAAUUCUAGGUCGAACAUCCAUCUUCAUUCACUGUCAGCAGUCUUUUAGAGACGACCCCGAUCCCAUUCAUUCACCUUUCAGACCAUCCCCCUCCCUCCCGCUCUCUAUCUCGUGCGCGCGCCCUGCCUCUCCAUUACUAUUCUCGAUCUUUCAACCACGUGCUGAAUUAUACUGGACAAGGGAAUGCUUCUCAGCUUGGCUAUUUGCGGGAGAUUAUUCAUCGUCCAAUGGGCAUGCCAAUUUCUAUCCACGAAAAUCCGGUGAUCAUUAUCGAUCUCGACUUACUUCAAAUCCAUCCUCACAUCCUCACAUCCUCCAGCCUUCAUUAAUUCACCACGCCAACCUGUCGACCAAUUCUAUUACACCAUGGUAAUAGCCAUGACCUGGCACAAGCCCGAUAAUGUUGCCGGCUCAUCGGCGCCGGCCAUCAUGAUAGGGUUGUUCGUCGCGACAGGAGGUCUCUUGUUUGGUUAUGAUACUGGGACGAUUUCUGGGGUAGUGGCAAUGCGUGCCUUUCGCCAACAAUUCUCAACUGGCUACCUUGAUCCUUCCGACAAAGAAUUAUCCAUAUCGCCUAGUCAAUCCGCUCAAAUCGUUGCCAUCUUGAGUGCCGGGACAUUCUUCGGGGCAUUACUCGCUGCGCCCAUGGGUGAUAAAAUUGGUCGACGGAUAUCUCUCAUCAUUUCGGUUGGUAUAUUUUGCAUUGGGGUGGCACUGCAGACUGCUGCAAUGCAGAUCCCGAUGCUGAUAGCUGGACGAUUCUUUGCGGGCCUAGGCGUUGGAAUUAUAUCUGUUCUCGUCCCUCUGUAUCAAUCAGAGAUGUCACCGAAAUGGAUUCGCGGAACUCUUGUGUGCACAUAUCAACUCGCCAUCACUUGUGGACUUCUUCUCGCCGCCGUCGUCAACAUAUUUACCCAAAGUAUUGAUGGGCCAAAGGCUUUUCGAAUUCCUCUCGCAAUACAAUUCGUUUGGGCCGGCAUUCUCUUCCUUGGCCUUGUUUUAUUACCCGAAACACCUCGAUAUCUCAUCAAACGUGGUCAACAUCAGGCCGCUGCUUCAUCUUUGAGUCGCCUUCGUCGCCUUGACAUAACCCAUCCUGCUUUGAUAGAAGAAUUGGCGGAAAUUGAAGCGAACCAUGAAUAUGAAUUGAGUCUAGGUUCUUCAUCAUAUAAAGAUAUUUUCUUAGGCUCGCCGCAUCUAGGUCGUCGACUUCUAACCGGUUGUGUUCUACAAAUGCUUCAGCAGUUGACUGGAUGUAACUUUAUCUUCUACUAUGGUACGACUUUCUUCAAGAAUGUCGGAAUUUCGUCACCUUACGUAAUUCAACUUAUUUCAAACAUAGUCAACACUGUCUCAACCAUUCCUGGAAUGUUUCUAGUCGAAUCAUUAGGUCGUCGCCGUCUUCUUAUGCUAGGUGCAGCAGGAAUGGCAGUUUGUCAUUUCUUGAUUGCAUCGGUGGGAACUGCAGCGCACGAAGAAGCGAGAGCAGUGAAUCUAGUCAUUAUUGUAUUCGUUUGCUUAUUCAUCUUCUUUUUUGCUUCAUCCUGGGGACCAGUUGUUUGGGUCGUCACAUCAGAAAUCUUCCCAUUGAAGGUUCGAGCCAAGUCCAUGUCCAUCUCCACCGCUUCCAAUUGGCUUCUCAAUUUCGCCAUCGCUUACAGCGUUCCAUAUAUGACUAGCAGCGGACCUGGUUAUGCAAAUCUUCAAGCAAAGAUAUUUUUUCUUUGGGCUUGCUUUUGUGUAAUUGCGUUUGCAUUCGUAUGGGGAAUGGUAUACGAAACAAGCAAAAUCAGCCUUGAGCAGAUCGAUGAGUUAUAUGAACGAGUCGAACAUGCUUGGAAUAGUAAUGACUUUGAACCAAGUUGGAGUUUUCAAGAAAUGCGAGAUGGAGGCGCAUCUGCAAGUGGAAUCCAAUUACAACUACAACUUGCUGAUCAAGAAGAACCGAGGAGACGAACAGGUACAAGUGCAAGUGCGACGGGGAGCGAAGGUACUAUGUCUGAGGAAGAUAAAAUCGUUGCAGGAAUGGGAGAUGUGGAUUUGAGUUAUUAAUGACUUUUCGAGAGCUAUUCAAGGCUUUGGGUAUUUUAAAUAUUAUGUUUCAAGCGACGGAGUUUAUUGCUGUUGGAGUUCUAUGGAAUGGAAUGGAUGGAUGGUAGGGAUGGUUUGCGUAUGGAAUACGUAUGGAUUGCGAAUGGUGUAGGGUGGGAAAUCAAAUAUGGCUGGCCUUUGGGGUUGGGUUGGGAAUUGUGAUUGGGGAUUUUUCUGGACGAAUGGGUCUACAGUAUCUACCGCAGGCGAAAUUUGGGGAAUGUUAAAGAAUGGGGAUGGGAUGGGGUUUAUACCUAAUGCAAUGCAAAUGAGCAUAUAUUGCCCAAUAGCGAUGUAGGGCGAUAUAUAUGAUAUAUCGGAUAGGAACUAGCUGACCAACUGAACCGGAUCAGAUAUUAUCUGAAAUGGAUCGAUAUGAGUUGGUCGAGCAUGGGAUGGAAGGUUCUUUGUGCGUGUAUUUGAAAAUGAUUUGAUGCUUGUGGGUGUAGUAUGAAAUGAUAAUUCUUUUUUAUAUCAAAUCAAAAUGAUGGUAUUCAGUGUUUAGUGCCU